UCUUCCCCUUUGAAGGGUGUCACCCGUGCCAUGGAGGAACCCUCCUUGACCUCUGGUGGAGACGGCUACUAUCCGGUGAAGAAAGGAGAGACAUUCAAUGGAAAAUAUCACGUGGUCCAAAAUCUGGGCUAUGGGUAUUUCUCAACAGUCUGGCUUUGCCAAGAUGCUGGGAAAAAUAGGUGCGUGGCUGUGAAGGUACCCAAAGGAGGGGAGAAUUUUGCCGAGGCAGCCCUGGAUGAAGUCAUGCUCCUUCGCUAUGUGAAUAGCAAGAGGAGGAAAGACCAAGGCAGCGAUUACAUCAUCCACCUUUUGGAUGAUUUCAAAAUGAUUGGAGAAAAUGGUUUCCAUGUGUGCUUAGUGAUGGAGCUGCUGGGACCUUCGUUGCAGACUCUGCUGAGCAUCCGAGGCCCCCAAGGCCUCCCGCUGCCCUUUGUCAAGAAGGCCAUGCGCCAGAUACUCCAAGGUUUACAUUUCCUGCACAAAGAAUGUCGCAUCAUCCACACAGACAUCAAACCAGACAACAUCUUGCUGUAUGUUACCGAAGAAAGCCUGCACAACAUGGUUUCUUUGCAACGCAGCCUGGGAGCAAACCGCAAACCCAAGGCAGGAGAAGAUGGCCCAGCAGCUCUUCUGGACUGCGGCAACCUAAUGAAAAUGGGAGUGAAAAUUGCAGACCUGGGAAGUGCAUGCUGGACCUAUAAACCGUUCUCCAAAAAGAUCCAGACGCAGCCCUACAGAGCGGUGGAAGUUCUCCUUGGAUUAGAUUACAGCACCCCAGCAGAUAUUUGGAGUGCAGCCUGCUUGGCUUUUGAAAUGGCAACUGGAAAGCACCUUUUCGAACCUCAAGCCGGCCAGUACUUUUCCAGAGAUGAUGAUCACGUGGCUCGGAUCAUUGAACUCCUGGGCAAAAUCCCACCCAAAACUGCUUUCCUUUGGCAGCAGACGUCAACUUUCUUCAGCAGGCAAGGGGCUCUUCUCCGGAUGUCCCGGAUCUCUUUCUACGACCUCUAUCACAUCCUCAUUGAUAAAUACAGCUGGCCCAAGCCUCAGGCCACCCACUUCACCCGUUUCGUCCUGCCCAUGCUGGAGUAUGCCCCCGAAAGACGGGCACGGGCUGACAAAUGCUUUCAACACCCCUGGCUCAGCCACUAG